AUGUCGAGCAUCUCAUUUGACCUAAACGAGCUCUUAUACGCAAGGCCCGACAGUAAGAUUACGGCCCGAGCAAUAGUGAGGGACUUCUUGGACGCGAAGUGUAGAAGGCUGAGGGAUUACGACCGCUGGGAGGAAAUUUCGCUAGAUUUGGUCAAGAAGGAGAAUCCAGGAACCUCGCUUAGCGAGUGCUUUGAAAAGCUCGCUAAAGAGCUCAGGAGCAUUCAAGGCUCUUUACGACCAGGUUUAAAGGACGAUCGAAGUCUUGCUGACAAGCUGUAUUCAGCUUGUAAAAACGUGCCAGAGACUACGAUUGCACGAAUGAAUCCUGCUUUUACCUUUACCGCGGCAGUUGCUGACAUUCGUCGAGCAAUUGCUUUUGCAACUAAGACUUCUCGACUUCCCGCCAAGGCGAGUAGAGCUUACGCGAGCUCUAGCGAGCUAUACGAUCACACCUGCUCUCACAACACUUCAAGGGCUGACUCCGAUUUGGACGAGGAAUACGAAUGCUUUAUUCAAGACCGCUAA